UGCAGCUUAGAGGUGGAUAAAGUUCGUCUCCACGUUGGAAGUGAUACAAAGUAUUAUCCCGGUUGAGACGCUGUUUUUACUUUUCGAGAAGGAAAACAAACAAGUAAGGUACGUGUCAUACGAGGAAACCAAACGCAAAACGCGGAAGAACAUUGUUUUUGUAUGCGACUGUGUGAUUCGCGGGAAAGGAAAGUUUUCUUGGGACAGUUGUCGAGAGUGAAACUUCAAAUAGGCCUGUUCUUCAACACUAUUUCAGCGAGGACAGCUGAGUCACGGGACAUAUGAAAAGAGACUUUUAAAAACAUAGUCUACGAAAGGUAGUAAAUCUAUGUCCAGAAAAAUGGAAACGACCUUCUACGAAGAGAACGCCUCCAGUGCGCAACGCGACGGGACAGGGGUGUUCGCAUUUAACCCCAAGACUCUCAAACAAACCAUGACACUGAAUCUGAACGACCCUAAAAACUUCAAGCCCCAGUUGAGCUCCAAAGCUCUGGACAUCCUGACGUCCCCGGACGUGGGCUUACUGAAGCUGGCCUCGCCUGAGCUCGAGAGGCUCAUCAUUCAGUCGUGUACCGGUUUGACUACACCCACCCCGACACAGUUCGUUUGUCCCAAGAACAUUACAGACGAACAGGAAGGAUUUGCCGAGGGCUUCGUAAAGGCGUUAGCAGAACUCCACUACCAGCAGUUACCAGCACCAGCCGCACACUCUGACGCGCAGCCCAGCGGUAAUAACAAUGUGGCAUCUGGCCCUUCUGUGUCCGAAAAUGGUGGAGCCCCUUUCAGCAGCACGGCACGCACGGAGCCACCAGAGUAUACUAAUUUAGGCGCAUUUGCGGGUGCCGUGGGCUCUACGUCCAAUGAGAAACUCUCUACAGGUUAUCCACUCGUCCAACCACCCCACAACCACAUGGACCACCAACUAGCGGCGGCUCACCACCCACGGCUCCACUCGCUCAAAGAGGAGCCUCAAACCGUCCCGGAGAUGUCCGGGGACACCCCUCCUCUCUCUCCCAUCGACAUGGAAACUCAAGAGCGAAUCAAAGCGGAGAGGAAACGCAUGAGGAACCGGGUAGCCGCGUCCAAAUGCCGGAAAAGGAAACUGGAGAGGAUCUCAAGACUGGAGGAGAGGGUCAAAAACCUAAAAACCCAAAAUACGGAAUUGGUUUCCUCUGCCAAUGUCCUGAGAGAUGAGCUGGCGUUACUCAAGCAGAAAGUUAUGGACCAUGUUAACAGUGGCUGCCAGCUUAUCCUCACUCAACAGCUCCAAGCUUACUAGAAAUAUCCAUGUGGCACUUGGGACCAAGCUUUGUAGACUGUUCACGUUUGUAUAUGGAUCUCUUUUUGUACAUGUUUUCUCAUCACUAUCUGCCCCAGACAAGGCCAAGACCUCAAGACAACGUUUAUGAAAAGUAACCCCACCAUGUUACAGGACAGGUGCUUUGUCUCAAGGGUGCACUUUAUGACACCCUUUUAGGCCACACAAAGAGACUGUCCCAGAUUGUAUUUGCUGAUAACGAUAACUGAACUUUACCCGCAUGAUCAUGCACUAAAGCUGUUAUUGCUUUUCAAUUUGAGCCUGCACUGAGUGUCCCACCAGCUACGUACAUUGACAGUAACACUAACAGUAAACACAUCACAGAGGACGUUAAUUGAUGUAGCAUUUAUUGACAACUGCCUUAUUUUCUUAAUAUUUGCAUACAAUUUUGUUAUAUGGGUGUAACUAACGUUAGACCUGCAAUAACACUUUUUAACAUUUCUACGUUGUAUUUUUUAGCACUUGUAAAUUAAUACAAUAAAUGUCUUCAGCGUAUAA